AUGGAGAAAUCCGCAAGCUUAGAGGCUUCCGCUGCCGCAGAGGCUGCCGCACCCGCUUCCGCAGUCGCCACCGGACCUGGCGGCGGCGGCAGCGGUGAUGAACACAAUGCCCGCCGCAUCAGCAGCAGCAGCAGCGCCGGUCAGCACCAGCAGCAGGGCCAAGAUCGGAACCGCAGCCACGGCACCGCACUACGCGCGUCCAUCUCAUCGUCUUCGUCUUCCUCCGCAGCGGCUGCGGGUGACGGCGGCGGCGGCGGCGGCAGCGGCAGCAGAGCAUGCGGGCGAUCACACGGUCCGGCGGCGGCGACUUCCGGCGCGGCGGCUGGACCGCAACCGGCGGCGGCCUUCGACAAGGACAAGGAUGUCGGGCUGACGGUGGUUGGGGAGCGGGCGCAGGAAUACGACCCGCGGGUCGAGGCGCGGGUGCUGCGCAAGAUCGAUUGGUUCCUGAUGCCAACCAUGAUCAUAGGCUACGGUCUCGUCUACUAUGACAAAGCAAUCCUGGGGUCCGCCGCCCUGCUGGGCAUGUCCAAGACGCUCCAACUCACCGUCACACACCCGUCGACCGGUCCAGGCCAGCCAGCCACGACCGACUCGACGCGGCUGAGCUGGGCGACGUCGCUCUUCUACUUCGGGAUGCUAGCGGGGCUCUAUCCCCUCACCUUCAUCCUGCAACGGCUGCCGCAGCAGAACCGCACCCUGGGCGCCGUCAUCGUGCUCUGGGGCGUCGUGUGCAUGAGCACCGCGGGGGUGACGACCUACCGCGGCCUGUACGUGCAGCGCUUCUUCCUCGGCUUCCUCGAGUCGGUCGUGCCCACGGGCUUCACGUGCAUCGUGUCCUCGUUCUACGCGCAGCGCGAGCAGGCCCUGCGGCAGAGCAUCUGGUUCGCCUCGACCGGCCUCUUCACCAUCGUCGGCGCCGCCCUCAACUACGGCUUCGGCAGCAUCGACGACAGCCACACGCCGCUCGAGCGCUGGCAGUACCUCUACCUCGCUGCCGGCGCCGCCACCAUCCUCUUCGGCGCCUGGUGCUGGGCCCUGGUGCCCGACUCGCCCGCCACCGCAUGGUUCCUGCGCCGAGCCGAGGAGCGGCGCGUCGCCGUCGAGCGGCUGCGGCGCGGCGCGACGGGGACGCGCUGCACGGCCGUCAAGGGCCGCCAGGUCGUCGAGGCGCUGCUGCGGGACGUCAAGACGCCGCUCGUCUUCGUCAUCAUGGCCGCCGCCUACACCGUCAACGGCGCCGUGUCCGGCUUCGGCCCCCUGAUCGUCAGCACCUUCGGCUACUCGCCGCUCGAGGCUAUCCUGCUGCAGUUCCCCCUCGGCGGCGUCUGCCUCGCCGCCAUCCUGCUGUCCGGCUGGCUGUCGUCCCGCUUCCGUAACCUGCGCCUCGUCCUGCUCGUGCUCAACUGCCUCCCCGUCAUGGCCGGCUGCGCCAUGAUCUGGCGCUCCGCCUGGACGCACCGCGCCGCCACCCCGGUCGCCGGCUAUUCCAUCAUCGGAACCUUCGGCGCCGUCGUCAGCCUGGUCAUUACGAUCGCCAUCUCCAACGUCGCCGGUGCCACCAAGAAGAGCACCGUCGCCGCCGCUGUCUUCGUCGCCUACUGCGUCGGCAACAUCGUCGGGCCCCAGCUCGUCAAGAGCCAGACCAAGGAUAGACAUUACCCGGAAUUGUGGUUGGGCUUGAUCAUCUGGUAA